UGGAGGACCCUUGGGCGAAUGCAUGGGGCGAACCCUCAAAGCCUAGUCUAACGCACACUUCACCGCCUAUCGCUACGAGCUCAACAUGGUCGGCUCCCUCUGUCUCUGCAAUACAUGGAGAUCACGAAGACGACCUUUCUAUGCCGUCUUGGCCAGCGGAGUCGACAACGCAUUGGAGUGAACCCGAUCUUCCAGAGACUUCGCUCUGGGGCAGCGACGCUUCCGCAGGCUGGAAUCCAGUACCUUCCACAUUUGACAGAAUCUCGUUAACCAAGGACGUGGUGCCAGGGUUUGAACCACCUUUCAGCGUGAAGUCAACCCUACAAGAAGAGACUAACGAUGAGGGUACGACAUUGACAGUUGCACAUUCAUUUCCGAUCGUGACACCGGAAGAGGACACGCCUCCCAGUCCACCUCCAAUAGAACCCUUGAGUCCACCACCCGACUCGCAGAAACCACCGCCAUUAGUAUUACCAACCAUUGAGGACGCGGACGGUUUCGGUACAUUCGAAACUGCGACCGAUGCUGGCGAGUCAGACGAUUGGAAUACUCCCUCAAAGCCGAACUUCUCGUUACCAUCUGCCGAUGCCACCGCUUGGGGUGCUGCUUGGGGAGCGCCGUCCUCUGCAACUUCAGAGGAUUUAGAACGAACCGAUGCCGAUGAUGCUUGGGACGCUGCUCGUCGACAGAAGGAGAAACAAGAUCGUCAUGUCGCUCCAGAGCUAUUGGCUUCGAUACUUCUUCAGUUGGAAGACAUUUCAAACGACCUUUGGAAGGACACCGAAGCUGCCUCAGGUAGUGAGCUCGAGAACCAGCGGAAUUCGGAUUUCGAUUCCCUUGGUCUGAGUCAUGCAGUGCAGCGCUUAGUUCCUGAUGACCUCACGCUACCCAUAAACCAGCCAUUCUCCAAAACUUUCACGUCGAAACAACUCUCGGAUGCCUUGAAGUUCACAAGACAUGCGCCUUCAACUCGUCUGAGUCCCUUUGCGAUGUUCAUGAUGUCGAAAGGCUCAACUUCAUGGGAGGCUGCUAUCAAGGCGAGGCCGAACAUCACACAGGACGAUGUUACUCCUGCAGGAUGGAAGAUCGUGGAAGCCGUCAAGCAGGAGACCAUGCCUGGGGACGACGGAAAGAGGAAAACGGGAGGCGGUAUCCUGUCAUUCCUUGGGAGAAGGGCGACAACGUCAUCAGUCGAUCCCUCCAGACGUUCUGUUUCGCCUGGCAGUGUCUCCAUCAAAGUUGGAAUAUCUCCCAGGGCAAGCGUCGACAGUUUUCAUUCGAACCCUUCCCAGAGUGUUGGGCGUUCGACGCCAGCUUCCCCAAUCGUUGCUUCAUUCGGGUCCAUCAAGAGCGAGAGGGCUGCGACACCGCCUGUAUCAGCUGCAAGCAUGGUUUCGGUUAAUAGCACCGUUCCUGCAACAAGCAAAGCCCUAGAGGAAAUCACUCGCCAACCUACUCCUCCGCCAUCAGCAGUGUCUCGUUUCCUUGGUCGCUUCUCGUCACGCCCGAAGUCAUCGUCUCACGAGUCGCUUUCCCUCUCCGACAACGACCUGGAGUUCUUGUCAGAUGUCCCUACCCUCCAGAACGAGUCAAAGGACGUCCCCGAUCUAGACGCGUUAAGUAUGAUGAUUAAAUCUCCUCCAUUGCCUACUACACUACCACCGCCAUUACCACCGCCCCCUAGUAAACUUAGCACCCCCUUCCGACUGCCUGUUCAAGCAACGAAGCCACCCUCCAAUAAUGACAUCCUCUCUAUUUUCGAUUCCCCCACCACCCCGACUCCAUCUGGAAAUUCAUUACCAAGUAUGACAGGUGUGAGCGUAUCGGCUGUCAGGUCUGCGCUGCAUACCAAGUCUGGUUCGACUGCCACUUCUCUUCCGCCACCACCCACCAACUCACCACCGCCACCUACACUUCCCACCCAACAAUCAAUCCAGGAUAACAGCGACGAUUGGGGAUCAUUUGAUCAUCCUUCGCCUCCAAUGACAAAGGCGGCUGCAUCACAGCCUAAGCGCGCUUUCGUGCCCAUCAUGAACCCCUCCAGGUCAUCUUCUUCUUCUCCAAGUCCUAAUCCUCAAUCUCUGUCCGCAUUCGCACUACCACCGCCUCCAUCUAGUCAACAAACGCUACGAUCCAAGACGAGCAGUCCGGUUGGGGAAUGUAGUAGCACGACGACUUUUCUACCACCACUUCCCACGCCGUCUAACGCUCGACCUCAGCCUCCACCACCGAAGCCGAUCCAGACGACGUUGUCCGUCGUCCAUGAAGAUGAUGAUUUCGCUGACUUUCUUUCCUCGCCCGCAGACGGCGCUCAGUCCACACAACUAUCAUUUGACGACUUCGCGACGGCACCGUCGAACGCCGCAGGGCGAUCGUUUACUCAGGCCCAGACCUCUGCCGCUACUUCGUUUGAUGACUGGGACGACUUCCUUAGCCCUCAACCCCCGCAACCACCUGCAAAACCGGCACACCCUCCUCCUGCGACCAAGACCUUUCCCAACGCAACGAAGACUGCCCCGUUGUUGCAACCACAGUCGACACAUACCCGCAAGCCUUCUCGAAAAGCGGAUCAUUCACGGACGUUAAGCUUGUUGGAAACGGCGGCGGCGCGUGGGCGGUGGCUGGCUCCUCCGUCGCCACUUCCCAACGCGCUGCCAGCGCCACCUCCCAGCGGAGUGAGCGCGAAAUCAUCGACUCUAGAUUUUUUCGACCUGGGAUCGACGAUGCAGUCCCAGCAAGCGCAAGCUGUCGCGAAGAUAUCGUCCUCGCAGUCAUCUCCUGCAGCGAUGACCGCAAAGGUGUCCCAGCCUCCGACGAGUUGGGCCUUCCCUCCUCCACCCUCAUCAAAUGGCCCCCUUCUUCACCCCACUAUUCCACCACCUUCCCAGCCUACCUUGUUUGCGAGUUCGAUUCCUCCGCAAUCUUCGAUACGAACUGUCACCGUUCCAGCUGCGGCGCCAGCUGUGUCGACAGGAAGCCAGACUGGUGGCCUCUCCGCCCAAGACCUCUCAUUUUUCGAAGGACUUUGAA